CCGAGAGUCCAGUCUUCCCCCGGGCAGGGUGCUCCUUUGGCCGGUGUCCGGUAGAGUUAUUUCGGUCUGGGUUGUGGUGGCUUAGAGAGGAAUUUGAAGCCGCUGACAACUUGUUCGAAAUUGUCGCGUGAGACUGCGGCUUAACUGUGCAGGUGCAUGGGAAGGUGUCGCACGCUAUUGCUGCCCUUCGCCUGUAGGGGGCGUCAGGCUCAAUGUAAGAAGUUCUGUCAGUAGCUGGUAUCCAUGACCCUGAUCUCUCGGGACUGGUAGCACCUCACCUCGUCAUCUCCUUCAGUCAUGUUCCGCAUUCCUCCGGGUGUGUGGGCUCCGCCGGUCCCCGGGCUGUAGCGGCUGCUGACUUCAGGAGCCCAGUCUGGUUGGAUCACUACUCCUGUGACUGUUCAUCACAAGUGUUCACACCAUACACCUCCCGAGUGACAAGGUUAUAAAGCUGGAGUUCUUGAAUAUAAUGCCGAGCAGGAUGGGGUCAAAAAUGGAUUUGACGAAGGACAUCAUUAAAAUGAAAGCACACUACAAUGGAGAUAUUCUGAUCACCCGCCUGGGAGCUUCAAUGAAUUAUGAUGAAUUGUGUGAUGAAGUGAGGGAGAUGUGCAGACUACGCCAGGAGCAGCCCAUCACAUUGAAGUGGAUUGAUGAUGAAGGUGACCCCUGCACUAUAUCUUCCCAAAUGGAGUUGGAAGAAGCUUUUCGAUUAUAUUCUAUAUAUAAAGAGGAGGGUCUCAGCAUUCACGUAUUUCCAAGCAUACCAGAAAAGCCAGGUUUGACUUGUCCUGGAGAAGACAAAUCAAUCUACCGACGAGGGGCCAGAAGAUGGAGGAAGCUCUACCGAGUGAAUGGGCAUCUGUUUCAAGCCAAACGCUUUAACCGAAAAGCCUAUUGUGGCCAGUGCAGUGAAAGGAUAUGGGGCCUUGGGAGGCAAGGCUACAAGUGUAUCAACUGCAAACUGCUUGUCCAUAAACGCUGUCACAUACUUGUCCCACUGACCUGCAGAAAGCAUAUGGAUUCGGUCAUGCCUUUCCAGGAGCCGCCAGUAGAUGAUAAAAGUGACGAGGGAGAUAAUCCCCCUGAAGAAACAGAUGGAAUUAAUAUUAUCCCUCCAACUCUGAAAAGGAAGGAUGCGUCUGAGGACAUUAAUCCGGUCAUCGAUGGAAUGGGUGGAAUUAAAAUCUCACAGGGACUUAGCCUUCAGGACUUUGAUCUCAUCAGAGUGAUUGGUAGGGGAAGUUAUGCCAAAGUCCUUCUAGUACGGUUAAAAAAGAACGAUCAAACAUACGCCAUGAAGGUGGUGAAGAAGGAGCUGGUGCACGAUGAAGAGGAUAUUGACUGGGUUCAAACAGAGAAGCACGUUUUCGAGCAAGCUUCUAAUAACCCCUUUCUAGUCGGCCUGCACUCUUGCUUCCAGACACCGAGCCGGUUGUUUUUGGUUAUAGAGUAUGUAAAUGGAGGGGACCUCAUGUUUCAUAUGCAACGACAAAGAAAACUCCCUGAGGAACACUCCAGGUUUUAUGCUGCUGAAAUCUGUAUUGCCCUAAACUUCCUGCAUGAACGAGGGAUCAUUUACAGAGACCUAAAGCUUGACAAUGUCCUUUUGGAUGCAGAGGGUCACAUCAAACUAACUGAUUAUGGCAUGUGUAAGGAGGGGCUAGGGCCAGGAGACACAACAAGCACUUUCUGUGGAACACCAAAUUACAUUGCUCCUGAAAUUCUCAGAGGAGAAGAGUAUGGUUUCAGCGUGGACUGGUGGGCUCUCGGUGUCUUGAUGUUUGAAAUGAUGGCUGGAAGAUCUCCAUUCGAUAUCAUUACUGACAAUCCAGACAUGAACACUGAAGAUUAUCUUUUCCAAGUUAUCCUAGAGAAGCCUAUAAGGAUCCCAAGGUUCCUGUCAGUAAAAGCUUCCCAUGUCCUAAAAGGAUUUUUAAAUAAGGAUCCCAAAGACCGACUUGGUUGCCAGCUUCAGACAGGAUUUACUGAUAUUAAGUCGCAUACCUUUUUCCGCAGCAUAGACUGGGACAUGCUGGAGAAAAAGCAGGUUGUUCCUCCCUUUAAACCUCAGAUCACAGAUGACUAUGGUUUGGAGAACUUUGACACUCAGUUUACCAGUGAACCUGUGCAGCUAACACCGGAUGAUGAAGAUGUAAUAAAACGAAUAGACCAAUCGGAGUUUGAAGGCUUUGAGUAUAUUAACCCAUUGCUGCUCUCAACCGAAGAGACAGUAUGAAGGACUGAGAUAUUUAUGGACAUACCAUGUGAUUGAUCCCGAACUUGUAUCCUUAACUACAGUAUAUGCAUGCGAGGCUGGAAAACUGAUGCCAGGUUCUUAGUACAGAUCAGCUCUACAGGAUUUGCUGCUGAAAAUCAUCUAUAACUCAGAUGUUUAUAGAGUAGAUCUCUUCCUAGUAGCUGUUCUCUAUGUGAGGAGAUGGCUUUCCGGCUCAGUUACACAAGGGAUUUCACUUUUUGUGCCUGCCUCUUUGAAGGGUCUACAGUGUAUGUAAAUUCCAUCUGAGGGCGUCUGUAUGGAAGAACUGUUUUAUUUCAGGCAUUCAUGUAAGCAAGCCGCUUCCAUUAGUGCAUUAGAUGCCAUGUGUUGCUGCACUCCUGGGAAACAAAAGAAGAGAUUGGAUUGGUGACGUUCUCCUCCCAAAAAUCAGCAAUGUGGCACUUGUCAAACUGGGUAUUAAAGCAAGCUGUGUUACACUGAUCCUUAUAAAAUUUAUAUUACCCGGAAACCUAAUUAAAAGAAUUGCACUGAUAGUAUUACAAAAGUAGAUUAAGAAGAUUUGAAUUUCCUUGUCUAAAACACAGCAAUAUUGCAUUUAAAUCUACAACCAACUAGGCACAGCAAAGGCAAUAAAAAAAAAAUUGUUGGGAGGUUGAAGUAACAAAUUUGCACAUUUGAAUGGCUUUCUGGAAAUCAACAAUGUUAUGUGCCUACUUCUUAGCUUGUAGUGUAUGACAUUUUGCUAUUUGAACAAUUACAAUGCAGUAUUCCAUGCAGAAACCCGCCUAGCCAUAGAUCCUGAAAACACAUCCCUUUAGCCUUAACAGGUGGAAUAGAAAAAAAAAACAACCUUUCAUUUACUUCUAAUGCAUUUCUCUCAUUUCUUGUCCUAGUCAAGCACACAUUUUCUAGAUGUUGGCUGCUUGAAUCGUUUUGUAGCUGCUGUUUAGAGUUAGAGGUCAAGAUCCCCCCCCAGUCUCUAAAAUACCUGAUACAGCAUCACAUGUUACACAGGAAAAGCCAUGAGCCAUAGAUUUAUGUCUAGGACGCCAGAGAUUAAAUUUUCACAUCUAAACUUAUCUGGAGAACAUGUGAUCGCUAAUUUACAUCAAUGUCUUUACUUAUGAGGCAAAAUAAACCUUUUCUUAACUAUUUGCCUGGGGUAUCUCUUACAUAAAAUGUUGUCAUUGGAUCUAUUUUACAAGCUGAUCAUUUGGGGCCACUAAGGAGUAAGGCUGCUCUUAAAGGUGGCAGUAAAAACCUGCAGUCGGCACCUGGGUUUUCCACUUUAAGCAGUGGCAAGUCCAGGUGCCAGCCACAAUUAUUGGGGAAUCACUUGCCAGGCACUAGCUGUUAAGAUUCCCUGAUAAUUGCAACUGGAACCUGGACUUGCUGCUUAAAUUAAAAACUCCAGGUGCCAGCUGCAAUGAUUAAACACAUGCGGCAGCCACAGGCUCUUACUGCUGCGUGUAAUGGUGGCCUAAUAAGAAUCUACAAACAUCCCAUGCACUUGCCCCGUAUAUUAAUUUAAAUGAUAAAAAGCACACAUUGACCAUUAUUAAAUGAAAAGGAUACAUGUGAAAUAUUCAUUCCUAUCCAUUAUUUAUAAAGUUUUGACUAGUGGCUGCAAGUCCCUGGUCUUCAGAACAUUCCAGCUUCUGAAAGAUUCAUAAGAAAGUAAAAAAUAAAAAAAGUGACCAUUUAACAGAUUUAUUAUUUUAAAAAGCCACUAGGUUAUUUAACAAAUUUAAUAAGAUAUGUGGUCUACUCCCCUCCAGUCAAAACAAUGUAUGAUGCCUGCUGAAUUUGUGUAUCUAUUUUGCUGUUUGGUAAACCAGGGGUGAGCUCUGUAAUUCUGUGUAUUAGACCAAAUUACAUACUGUAUCAGGGAUGGGAGCAAAAAGAUUUGGUCCUGUGUAGCGUCAUGUACGUAUUCCGUGAAGGAUGAAUUACAGAUUCUGUAUAUUUGCUGACAGUUUAAAACAAAGGAAAACAAACUACUUGAUUUUAUACAUUUAAGGCAUUACAAAUGUUCCUGUGUUGCCAAAUAGUUUUGUUGCUCAUAUGCAAGUGUAUGAAAAAAAUGUUUUGUUCACAAUGAAGGGGAAAUUUUUUAUAUAUAUAUAUUAAAAAAGGACUUGUUUUAUAAAUUAAAGAAAAUGAAGGCUGUAAUUAAUUGUGGUUUGGGUGACUAAUAUAUGAAGAAUAUGGCUCUGGUGAUUCUCUAGUCGUCUUAUUUGGAAUAGUUAAUGAGCAUUACAGCUAAUUUAAUGAUUGUAAAACAGUAAAUAUGUUCUUGUAGUUUUGUAAAUUUCAAUGAGUUAAGACCUUGCUAAGUUAAUUGUGCAGAAGAUGGUAUACUAAUCCAUUAAACAAGAUCAUUUAUAUUCUUGCACAUUAAAAGACUUUAUUGAAAAAUAAAAUGUUUG